AUGUCCCAGCAUGUUACGCUGGCUUCACCUGAAAUUUCUGAACGCCAUUCAGUGGAUUAUGAUGGACCUCUAAACAUAUUCUACACAUGUGAAUGUGAGUUGAAAAGCGUGCAAGUGAACCUCAGAAAUGCUGUGGUAUGCCGUUCGGCAAGACCUCAGAUAAUGAAAGGUUCUUCAUCACUUCUUGUUUUUAAGCAACUUCCCUCACAUGUAGACCAUGAUUCGUUUCGAGUCGAAAUCAGUAAUCACCGUAAUGAAUAUAAAAUAGAUGAUCAAAUAAACAGUGAUUGUUUAAAUGAUGCAACAGUAUCGACGACAACAACCUCAACUGUUGAUGAUACACCACGUUCCGCUUAUAUUCAUGAUGUACGCUUUCAAGUUAAUCAGUUGAACGAAGAUGAAAAUAAAAUAUUAGAGCGUUAUAAUUGUUUAUUAAUUCAAUUACGCAAAGAAAAGAGACGUUUACACUUUUUAAAUAAUCGUUAUCAAAGAUUAUCUAAACAACAAAAUGUUUUGGAGAACUUUUCAAAUAGUUUAUUAUGGAAUGUAACAAAUGGGAUAAAGGAUUGUGAUACUGAUAACGAAGAUUGUGUUUACGAUGAUGAUAAUAAUCAAGCGACUUACAACAGUACCAAUACUGCUACGAGUAAUAAUGUUUUCAGUAGUAUGAAUGGAGGACACAUGUAUAAGAAACUUGAUUUUUUACUUCCACGACAACAAAAGUCUUAUCACCAGCAACAAGAAAACCUGGUCAGUUCCAAUAAAUCACAUCGUGCACGUUCUUUAACACGUGUAAGAAGUAUAAUGAAAGACAGUAAAGAUAAAAAUCUCAAUCCUUCCAUGGUUAUUCAAAAUGAAGCAUUACAACUUAAUCAAGUUGAAGCAAUGCGCAAUUUUUUCACACUCUACACAGUUCAGUCACAACAACUAGAUGAAGAUGCUAUAAGUGUCGGUGAAGAAUUAGAACAAUGUAAAAUUACUAUUAACCAGUUAACAGAACAGCUUGAUGAAAUUGAAUUAUGCCGAAGUCAAUUAGUGUCAAAAGAACUUCAUGUUCUUCUGGAAUCGCGAUCGUCUGUUAAUCCAGAUUUGGAAAUUACAUACACUGUGGAUCAUGUUUCAUGGACACCUUGUUAUGAUAUAAGACUAUCCAGUGCUACGGCCACACUAAAAAUUAUUUACUAUGGAAUUAUUCGACAAAGUACGGGAGAGGAUUGGGAACUUGGCAAACUAACACUAUCAACUGCUGAACAAGACAAUUUCAACAGUAUUCCAGAAUUAACCUUAGAAAAAUUGUCAUUUAAAAAUGACGAAAGGCGUCAUCAUAUUGAUAAAUCAGUGAGAAAAUCGAAAGCCCGCUCUUUUCAUGCAGAAGAGUCAACAAAUCAUCUGUCAUUAUCAUCAACAUUUUUAUUACCGUUAGAGGAAAUUGAUACAGGACAAUAUCAUAGUGAGAAAAAGAGUGACAUAUACAAUCGAAUUCAUCCGAGUGGGAGUGAUUCAAGAAGCAGGUUAGAACGUAGCCUACUAAAUGGGGGACAUAAUCACAGAUCAUCAUCAGCCCAACGAUAUUAUACGAACAGAAAUGAAAAUCUGGUGAAUAAUGAUUUGAAUUCCACACUUAUUCGCUGUCCUUCAUCUUCAUUAGAGAGUGUAAUAUUGAAACAAGACUGUGGGAGUCGAUCAUCUUACACAAACAAAUAUUAUUCCGUAAAUUAUCCUUCAAAAGUAGUAAAACCAACUAGCAAUCAUAGUUCACAAGGCAUUUCCACGAAGAAUUACUUUCCAUCACUUGGAUUUAAGAUUCUCAAACCGCCAAGAUGCAUUCGUGGUAGUGGAGAGCCACAUCGUGUUACAAUCGGCACACUAGAAUUUAAACCAAAGUUACAAUACGUUACAAUACCAAAACAAACACCAAAAGCAUUUUUGCGUGCUACAAUGCAUAAUAUAUCAGAUUUUGCACUACUUGAAGGUCAAGCAAGUGUAUAUAUUGAUAGUAAUUUUAUUGGAAAGACAAAACUUUCUGCUACAGCUGUACAAGAAGAAUUCACCUGUGAGUUAGGAUAUGAUCCUGGUAUACGUGUCACAUAUAUGCCGAGGCACAAAUAUAAAAAGACUGGUUCCUUUCUUGGAAGCAAAACAAUGUCAAUCAUUUUUAAACAGGUAAUAUCAGUAGAAAAUAGUUAUCCAAGAAGUAUGAAGCUGCUAGUUAUUGACCAGUUGCCAGUCAGUACAGAAGAAAAACUAAAAGUUCAGCUAAUUGAACCUUCAAUUAAAAAUCCCGAUAAAUACGAUCCCAAUAAACCCGUGAGAAUAAGUAAAACUAAGAUGGUAGAAUGGGAUAUUGAACUUGCACCAUAUGAAACACGUGAACUUGUUUUAAAGUAUCUUGUUGAACAUCCAGCCAUUAAAGAUAUCGAUAUUUCGACACUGGGAAUACGAUAA